AUGUUUCGUAGGUGGGGUCUUCGGCUGGCAGCGACGACGACAGAUGCUGCGGCAAAACUCCCGGCGGGCAAUCCGGUGAACAAGUCGUGGUUCCGUUACAAUCUCAUCAUUCGCAGGAAGGCGUCUUACCGUUCUCGGUGGGGAACAGGUGCGGAGGGAUACGGCACAGGCGUUCCCUUCAGCGAUCAGGUAAAACUUCAUUGCGUUGACAACACGAACUGCAAGCACGUUCGUCUCAUAUCGAAGGCUACUGCUGAACGUUUUGCACAUUGCCGCGUUUUUCCCGCAGUAGCGCAUCGUGUUUCAGUGCAACGCUUUAAAUCCGGCCGGGGUGAGGUGAGCCGGCACCGUGUGAAGCCCGGGAAUAUCUACUGGGUUUGUCUGCUUUCUCGGCGUCAAACGAAUACAAGGAUGAGUGGUCUUCAAACAAACUUUGAUAGAAACACAUGCAUUUUGUUGAACGAUCAACGCGUACCGCUAGGAACUCGCGUCAUGUACUGCGCUGGUCGCCAUGUGAACCACAAGUAUCACUUAAAGGCAGUUGUGCUUGCAAAUUUUUUCAUUUAA